AUGUCUCUCGACGACAUGAUCGCCAAGAUCAAAGUGGUUUUCUCUCGGCGUGGUGAUGCGACUGCAGCUGUGAAGAAGUACAACGACGUUCAGCUCGAUGGAAAGCCCAUGAAGAUUGAGAUUGUGGGCAACAAUCUUCAAACCGCUUCUGCCACGACUGGUAGACCCGGGACCGGGAGUAAAAACUUCAGUGUGGGGGAUCAAAUUUAUACACUGGUCAUUAUAGGAGGACAAGGGAGAGGUGGUCAACAACGUGGUACUGGUGGUCGUGGCAAGGGCCCAGCAGAGAAGAUAUCUGCUGAAGAUCUUGAUGCGGAUCUUGAUAAGUACCACGCAGCAGAUAUGGAGACUAACUGA